UGACGACGCAGCCACCGGAAGCAGGAGUUGGGGGCCCGGGACGGUGUUGUGGAACCUCGGUGUGGACGCCGUUUAGCGGACGCCAUUAACAAGCAAAAGUAAAACCCCGGGAGCUGAGCAAAGCAAAGAUGCUGAAAAAGUUCGACAAGAAGGACGAGGAGUCUGGUGGGGGCUCAAAUCCCUUCCAGCAUUUGGAGAAGAGUGCUGUACUGCAGGAGGCUCGAGUUUUUAAUGAGACUCCUAUCAACCCUCGGAAAUGUGCUCACAUUUUGACCAAGAUCCUGUACCUAAUUAACCAGGGAGAGCACAUGGGCUCUGUGGAGGCUACAGAAGCAUUUUUUGCUAUGACCAAACUCUUCCAGUCAAAUGAUCCCACUCUACGAAGGAUGUGCUACCUGACGAUUAAAGAAAUGUCUACCAUUGCUGAAGAUGUCAUCAUUGUUACCAGCAGCCUGACAAAAGACAUGACUGGCAAAGAAGACAAUUAUCGUGGACCUGCUGUGAGAGCACUGUGUAAAAUUACUGAUAUCACCAUGCUGCAAGCCAUUGAACGAUAUAUGAAGCAGGCUAUAGUAGACAAAGUUCCCAGUGUCUCCAGUUCUGCAUUGCUUUCAUCCCUGCACUUACUCAAGACUGGUUUUGAUGUGGUUAAACGUUGGGUGAACGAAGCUCAAGAGGCAGCUUCCAGUGACAAUAUUAUGGUGCAGUACCAUGCUCUGGGUCUGCUGUACCACAUCCGUAAAAAUGACCGGCUCGCAGUUAGCAAGAUGGUGACCAAGUUCUCGCGCCAAGGCCUGAAAUCCCCUUUUGCCUACUGUAUGAUGAUUCGUGUUGCUACCAAACUGCUGGAGGAAGAUGAAAGCAGCCGUGACAGCCCUUUGUUUGACUUCAUUGAGAACUGCAUGAGGAACAAGCAUGAGAUGGUGGUCUAUGAAGCAGCCUCUGCCAUUGUCAAUCUGCCAAACUGUACGGCCAAAGAACUGGCACCUGCUGUCUCUGUGCUGCAGUUGUUCUGCAGUUCACCAAAGGCGGCCCUGCGAUACGCAGCAGUCAGGACACUCAACAAGGUGGCAAUGAAGCAUCCCUCGGCUGUGACAGCAUGCAAUUUGGACCUGGAAAACCUGGUGACAGACUCGAACCGCAGCAUUGCCACCCUUGCCAUCACCACGUUGCUGAAGACCGGGAGUGAGAGCAGCAUUGACCGUCUCAUGAAGCAGAUCUCCUCCUUCAUGUCUGAAAUUUCAGAUGAGUUUAAGGUGGUGGUGGUGCAGGCCAUCAGUGCCCUGUGUCAGAAGUACCCGAGGAAGCACUCCGUGAUGAUGAAUUUCUUGUUCACCAUGCUGCGAGAAGAGGGUGGCUUUGACUACAAGCGUGCCAUUGUGGAAUGCAUCAUCUGUAUCAUCGAGGAUAACCCAGAGAGCAAAGAGACCGGCCUGGCUCACCUCUGUGAAUUCAUCGAGGACUGCGAGUUUACCGUCCUGGCCACUCGCAUCCUUCACCUGCUCGGGAGAGAAGGGGCCAGGACUCCCAAUCCCUCCAAGUACAUUCGGUUCAUCUAUAACCGGGUUAUUCUGGAGAAUGAAGAGGUGCGGGCAGCUGCUGUGAGUGCGUUGGCGAAAUUUGGAGCCCAGAAUGAUGACAUGUUCCCCAGUGUGAGCGUGUUACUAAAGAGGUGUAUGAUGGACGAUGACAAUGAGGUGCGAGACAGGGCUACCUUCUACCUGAAUGUGCUGGAGCAGAAACAGAAAGCUCUGAACUCUGCCUACAUCCUCAAUGGUCUGCAGGUGUCCAUUCCUGGCCUGGAACGAGCUCUGCACCAUUACACCCUGGAGCCGUCCGAGAAACCCUUCGACUUGAAAUCGGUUCCGUUAUCCACAGCUCCCCUCACUGAGCAGAAGUCUGAGAUCUCGCCAUCGGCUUCAGUGAAGAUGCCAGAGAAGGUGGCAUCAAGCAGACAGGACAUUUUCCAAGAGCAACUCUCUGCUGUCCCAGAGUUCAAAGACCUGGGCACACUUUUCAAGUCCUCGUCCAACCCUGUGCCCCUCACAGAGUCGGAGACGGAGUACGUUGUCCGCUGUACCAAGCACACCUUUACCAAUCACCUUGUGUUCCAGUUUGAUUGUACAAAUACGCUGAAUGAUCAGAUCCUGGAGAAUGUCACGGUGCAGAUGGAGCCCACAGAAGGUUAUGAAGUGGUGCGCUGCAUUCCAGCAGCGAGCCUAUCUUAUAACCAGGCAGGCAUCUGUUACACACUGGUGGCACCCCCUGAAGACGAUCCAACGGCAGUGGCAUGUACAUUCAGCUGUACCCUAAAGUUCACCGUUAAAGACUGCGAUCCAAACACCGGAGAGACUGAAGAGGAUGGGUACGAAGAUGAGUAUGUGCUGGAAGAUGUUGAGAUCACUGUGGCCGACCACAUCCAGAAAGUGCUGAAGCCGAACUUCGGUGCUGCCUGGGAGGAGGUGGGAGACUCCUUUGAGAAAGAAGAGACUUUCGCCCUGUCAAGCAUGAAAACACUUGAUGAGGCUGUGAAUAACAUUGUUAACUUCCUGGGCAUGCAGCCGUGUGAGAGAUCUGAUAAGGUGCCGGAGAACAAGAAUUCACACACACUCUUCCUAGCAGGUGUGUUCCGUGGGGGUCAUGACCUGCUGGUGCGGGCCCGACUGGCACUGAUGGACAGUGUGACAAUGCAGGUCACAGCACGAAGUAAAGACGAGGUGCCUGUAGAUGUCAUCAUGGCCUCCGUCGGUUAGUUUCUUCUGUGAAGAAGUCUGGAUAAUGUU